AUGCCUUCUCCACGGCCGCCUCUGCCGCACAAGCCGCCGACUUGGCCGACUCCUCCGCCGCCAACUUGCCCGCCUGGAAGCUCCUCGUCGCCGCCUCCUUCAUCGUCGCCGAUCUGCUCCUCGGAAUCCUUCAUCCCAAGAUCCACAUCAAGAACGGGAAAAAAGAAAUAA